AUGCCCACGGACCCCAAGACGGCGUGGUUUCUGAACGAGCACGAAAAACGCAUCGCGGCCGAACGGCUGGUCAGAGAACAUCGCGCUGAUCCCGCGGAAAAGGUCGAGUGGCGUCAUGUCAAGCUUGCGGUUAUGAAUGUGCACAAUUACACGUGCGCCAUUGGGUUUUUCUUGAUUAAUAUUACUGUCCAGGGCUUGUCGGUGUUCUUGCCGACUAUUCUGAAUGAUUUGGGCUGGACGAACACAAAGGCCCAGCUGUACAGCGUGCCGCCGUAUGUGUGCGCUUGCGUGGUUGCUGUUGCCGUGGCGUACGGGAGCGAUAAGAGCAGGCAGAGGGGCAUCUGGCUGGCGGCUUUUUCCGGGCUGGCGGUCAUCGGGUUCGCGAUUCUGAGGUGGGUCAGUCAGCCGAAUAUCAGGUACAUGGCUGUGUUUUUCGUCACGGUGGGCGCGUUUCCUGGUGGACCCGGGUUCUUGAGUUGGGCUAUCAAUAAUUCGGCUGGACCGGCUGUGAGAGCGGUAACAAGCGGUUAUGUCGUCACGUUGGGGACUAUUGGCGGUAUCGUUGCUACAUGGACCUACAUCCCCUCCGAUGCGCCCAAGUACCACACCGGCCACACCAUCAACCUCGGCGGCCAGAUCGCCACCGUUUGUCUCGCCAUCUUCGGUAUUCUCUUCUGCGUAUGGGAAAACCGCGCCAGGGCGGCAGGCAAGAGGGAUCACAGGCUCGAGGGUCUGACGGAGGAGGAACAGGAGCAUCUGGGGAACAGACAUCCGAGGUUCCAUUUGUGGACUUGA